UGUAAUAAAAAUUUGUUGUUGUUUACUGCAAAAAACAAAAUUAAACCAAAACUUACUCCUACUGAAUUAUUAAAUAUGGAAGAAUUUAGAAAAAAAGGGUUGGGAGAAAAUUUUGCACAAGAAUGUGAGGUGUCGGAUGAAAUUUCAAUUGGCCUUAGUGAAGUAUCAACUUAUAUCAUCUUUAACGAAAAAAAAAAUGAGAUGUACUAUGAAGAUCAUGAUCAUUCAUACGACGAAAAUAUAAUAAUUGAGCACACCAAAAGUAUAACAAUUGACUUUGUUAAUGAUGAUUGUCUGGCUACAAUAUUCAUGUAUGUGCCAGCAUGUGAAAGACCAAAAAUUGCAUUGGUGUGUCAAAAAUGGAAUAGAGCUCUUUGUCAUUCUUGGAGUAAUGUCAAAAAACUUGAACUAACUCAUUGGGAAUAUGAUGAGUAUCCAAGUUGUUUGAAAAAAUAUCCAACACUCGAUGGACAAUUUAGUUUUUUAAAAUCACUGCUUUCUAAAUGUGGUCAUUAUUUAACACAGUUAGACUUGUCAGCUUAUGGUCAUUGUAACAUAGUGCCAGUUAUUAAUGAAUAUUGUCCAAACCUCGUAAAACUUCGAUUGAGAUUUACUUAUGUUGACAAUAUAAUAUUAUUUGAUGCAUUUUCACGUCUAUCUAAGCUCAAAGUAUUAGCAAUUAUAUUUCAAGAUUUUAAAGAUACGUUUAUACCUAUCACUUUAAUUUAUUCAUUACUUAAAGUUGCUGAUACAUUGACUGAUUUGAUUCUUUCAAAUUGGAAAGAUAACUUGGAAAGUAACCCCUGUUACUUUCCAGAAGAAUUAACUAUUUGUGUGUUUCGUGAACUAAAGGCCCUGAAAAGACUUGAAAUCGGUGGGCUACGAUUUUACAAAGGGUUUAAAGAUCAUCUAAGAGAUUAUCGCGUACUGGAAAAAUAUUUUUAUGACAAAUACCUGAGUAAAAGUUUCGUUAAGACAGAUCAGUCGUUGAAUAUUACUUCAUUGAAUUUGAGGAAAUGCAAAGUUUCCGAUGAUGGUUUGUACACCAUUGUCAAUACCAUAAAAAACUUAGAAGCGUUAUCUUCAUGUUGUGAAUUGAUAACUAAUGAUGGUAUAGUAGCCCUUUCAAAGAUAAAUGAAUUGAAACGUCUUCAUCUUGUCGGCUAUAAUGCCGUCAUCGAUUCUUCAUCAAUAUUAUUGCUCAAAAAUUUGAUUAAAUUAAUGUUACCAUGCAGCAAUAAAAUUACUGAUGAUUUAGCCAUGAAAGUUCUUGAAAAUUCACCAAAGAUGGAGGUGCUCUUUGUUUUGAACUCAAGUGUAACUGUUGAAUUUUACAAAAAAGCAGCAGAAAUAUCAAGAAAUCGAAACCAACAGUUGUUUUUAGGUGUUACAUUAACAACUGAUAAAACUCAAUAUGAAUCAGCGUAUUUUAAAAUUAUUCGUUGUAACGAAAGAUAUCAUACAAUUAAAAUGUUUGGAGUCCGACAAGUCAUCAGGCAAUCAUUGAGACUCUUGCCAAAAAACUCAAUUGAUAAAUCAUGUUUAAUCAUCAACAAACAUCCACUGCUCCAAUCAAUUGUCAACAACAAAUCAUUCACAACUCCAGUUUUAAAUUAUUCAAGUGCAAUUGAACCAACUGAAGAUACACCACCAGAUAAUUCAAAACAAAUUGGUACAAUUGAAAAAGCAAAAAGAAAAUUAAUUGAAUUUACAUGUAAAAAAUGUCAAACGAGAAAUAAAAAAACAAUGUCAACACUUGCAUAUGAAACUGGUGUUGUUGUAAUACGUUGUGAUGGAUGUAAAAAUAAUCAUCUGAUUGCUGAUAAUUUAGGAUGGUUCACUGCUGAACACCGUAAUAUUGUAAAGUUAAUGAAAUUAAAUGGUGAAACUGUCAGAACGUCAAAUGAUUAUGCAGCUGGUACAUAUGAAAUAGUUGAAAAAUCAAUGUCAAUUAAACUAUUAUCAGAAUUUAUUGAUGUUGGUGGUAAUGGUGAUCUUGAACCUGGUUCCAUAUCUGGAAUUGUUGCUAGUACAAAAUGCACAGUAAAGCCAUGUUUACUAAAAAAUAUUGAAAUAAAAAGUGGUAGUCUUGUCAGUCAAUUUAAUGGAAGUGUCAACAAGCCAAGAUGUCUAAGUACCUUGAUGUCAUCAUCACUUGUUAAUGGACAGCCAUCAUUGUUCAACAAAACUAAUUCUUUAACAAAUUUAUCAGUAAAUAGUUUGGCUGGAAAUGUACCAACAAGAACACUCACAAAAUAUUCAAGAACAAGGGGUAAACGAAAGGUUGUUCAAACAGUUUUAAAACGUUUCUACAGAUUAAAUUGGGGUAUAUGGAUAAGAACUAAAACUGGUAGACACAAAAGACUUUGGACAAAACGUUCAUCAUGUAGACGUCGUUUGAGAAUGCAUGUGUUUACUAAUUCAACACAAUCAUGGAUGCUUGACAAAAUGGUAUCACCAUACUGGAGAGCACCAAAGUACUGGGUCGAUGAUCCAUACAAUCCAUAUCAUGAACGUGAAGAAUAUUGGUUGAGUGUCAUUGUUGAAAAAUAUUUUUCAUCUUUUUUCAAGCCUCCAUGUGUUUCUGAACGUGGUGAAUUUAUUGGAGUUAAUUUAUCAUCGAUAGAAGAUGAUUGGGAAGUUGCUGCUUGUGGCCAAAUGACAAAUUCACUCUUGUUAACAAUGGAAACACUGACAUUAAUCCAAGAAAGAAAUAUAAUUUCUGAUGAUAAAAAUAUAAUUGACAUAUCAUCAAAUUGGCAAGUUAUUGGAUCCAAGAAUUUACAAGACACAAUCACAACAUGUUCAGUAAAAAAUUCAACAACAAGCAUGACACUUGAUGACAUAGUGGAUCCAACAACGUGUUUUGAAUUGAAACCAGAUAACAAUGAUACAUGCCAGCUAAAUAUUAAAUUAAAUAAUCAACAAAGAAUUUGUAAAAUGGGUAUUGUAUCAGAAGCAACAGUACUUGAAAUAUUUAAGGAAUUUGAAGAAUAUGAUCAAACAGUUUACACUGAAUUUAUUGAUGAGUAUGAAGGACAAAGUGUUAAUUUUGCUGAAAUUACAUUUAAGCGACCAACUCCCCAAGCAAUGAUCAAGUUUACCAGAAUAAACAACAACAAUCGUUCAACUAUGUUUUUAUAUGGAGUACGACUUGCUCUUGAUGAAGCACCACAAAAAUCUCCAGAACAAUUUGAUGUUAAUUUAAUCAGUGAUUUCUUUCGUAUAACUCGUAGUAAAAAAGAUGAAAAUAAAAAGCCAACAAGUUCAAUGGCUAAUAAUUCAACCAACAGAAAUAAUAUGAUGGAAAGUUUGAUGUCACUGAUGACUCCAAAUAAUUUAAAUAGCAAUUCAUCACCAGGCAAUCAUGAAGAUGACAAAAAAGCAGUGUCAUUUGAAAAAUUGAUUGAAUUAAAAGUUGAUAAUAAAUUACGAGAAAUUGAAGAAAGACUUUCUAAAAAAAUUGAUGAAGUUGAAAUGAGAACUAAUGAGAAACUUGAUAAAAUUAUUCAAUUGUUGGAAACAAAAAAAAGCUGAUCAGUAAAUAAUUAUCUAGAUGUUAAUAAUAAA